GUAUAUUGAUUGAAAGGGUAUGUAUGUGCAGUUUGUGAUGGUGAUAUUGAAGGGGUCAGUGCCAAUAUGUUUUGAGGGAAACAAAGAAGCAGCUGCAUAUGCUGAGAUAGUUUCAAUGGGAGGCAUAAAUUCAGAAGUGAAGAAGAAACUGAUUUACGACAUUGGAACCAUAUUGCAGUCCAACCUAUCUAUACCAAGAACACGCUUUUUUCUGAAAGUGUUUGACACAACGCUAUUUCGCACUAAAUCCAACUUGUAAUAUGCUUAAUCUUAUUCUCACAUUCUCGCAUACCACAAUACUCUUCAUCAUUUCUCUGAGUUUUCCUACUAAUAUAUUUUCAUGUAUGAUGUUGAUUUAGCACUCAGUAUGAUUAAUUUCUUAAUGUGGUUCUUUCAUU